ACACAUAACCCCACCUUAAAACCCAAUUAAAAAACGUUUACUAUGUUUUCCGGCAAAAUAAUAAUAAUAAAGUGGCAUUUCCCAAAAACUCCCUAACAAACACAGCUACUUCACAACUCACCACACGACAUCAUCUUCUUCUUCUUCUUCCUCUUUUCCCCAUUACAAUGGUCUCUUCUUCUUCUUUAACUCUCUAAAUAAUCAUCCACCAUAUCAUUAGAUCUGUACAACAAAAAACCCCUUUUCCAAUACUGUCCGAUCUCCCCCAUUUUCCCAAAAAAACGCACACCAACUGUUUGUGUAAUUGUCCCUUUGAAAGAAAACACAAUACUCAUAGAAUCAUUUGAACUUAAAACCCCCAGUUGGAUUAAGCUGGAGAUAAUUGUGGGUCAUUUUCAUUACCCAUUAGAUCUGAACAAAGACCCACUUUCAAUACUGUUUGAUUUCCCCAUUUUCCCAAAAAACGCACACCAGGUGUUUGUGAAAUUGCUCCUUUGAAAGAAAAUACGGUACUCAUAGAAUCAUUUGAACUUAAAACCCCCAGUUGGAGUAAUUGUGGGGCAUUUUGAUUACCCACUAAUCACCCAUUAGAUCUGAAGAAAACCAACAUUGGACUUGUCUGAUUACCCCAAAACGCACACCAACUGUUUGUGAAAUUGCUCCUUUGAAAAAAGAAAAAAAAAAACUCGAAAUCCCCAGUUGGAUUUAGCUGGGGUUAAUUGUGGGGCCUUUUAUUGAAGUUCUUUAAUCACCCAUUAGAUCUGAAGAAAACCCACAUUUCAAUACUGUCUGUUUUUCCAAUUUUCCCAGUUUCCCAAAACGCACACCAGGUGUUUGUGAAAUUGCUCCAUUGAAGAAAACAGAGUUUGAAACCCCCAGUUGGACUAUUAAGCUGGGGGUAAUUGUGGGUCAUUUUAAUCAUUUCCCUAAUGGGAAUGCCCGUAAGACGAUGAGCAAAACUACAACAUACCAAGAAGAAGAAUUUCACGACUCUCUUGACCGUUUACUAUCAUCAACUAACACUUCUUGUUCUUCAUCUCCUCCUUCAGAUAACGAAGAAGACGAUUUAAAAGAUCUUAAUUUCAACUUUGGUCCCCCAAGUUAUGAUGUUUGGAUCUCUGAACCCUCAUCUGUUGAAGAACGACGUAUUCGUUUACUCAGUCAAAUGGGUCUUACCCGUGACCCGACCCGACACAGACCUUCACUUUCAUACUCUGCUGCUGCGGAUUAUGAUGCUUCUGAUAGACCUGAGGGUAUUUUUGGCAGAUCGGUUUCAGCAAAUCAUUUGAAGUGUGGUGAGGGUAUUUCUGAUAGUAUUAUUAAUUCCGAAAUUAGUAGUGUUUGUGGGAUGGGACGAUCAAAAUCGGAUAGUGAUCGUAAUUCUUCGAAUAAUUGUUGUUGUUCUUCGAAUUCAGUUCAUAAAGAUACUGAAAUUGUUUCUAUGAAUUCUACUUUCUUGUCAUCCGUACAAGUAAAUAAGGCCAAUGGGGUUGGGCUUGAUGGUAUAGUUGUAAAUAAUAACCGAAAUCGUAGUAAAAGUCUCUGCGAGGAUCUAUUGUGUAAUGGCAAUGGAUCCCCGAAAAAGCCACCCACAGGAAAGACGAAAACUGAUGUGCACAAUAAUGAGGUGGAGGAACGGUUGGAAUCGAAUGGAGAUCUUGGAAUUGAAGAGCAAGUGUGUACAAUAAAGAGUCUUGAUGAUGGGAAGGAGUUUGUUGUUAAGGAGAUCAAGGAAGACGGGACGUUGAAAAAAGUCAAGGAAGUGGGUACAGGAAGGCAGUUGACCAUGGAAGAGUUUGAGAUGUGUGUUGGGACUUCACCGAUUGUUCAAGAACUAAUGAGAAGACAGAAUGUAGAGGAUGGGAAUAAGGAUAAUUUGGAUUGUAAUACAAAUGAGGAUGGUGAAACUGGACCCAAGUCGAAGAAGAAGGGAAGUUGGUUGAAGAAUAUAAAAAAUGUGGCUGGUGCUAUGACAGGUUAUAAGGAGCGGCGGAGCAGUGAUGAGAGGGAUACAUCAUCUGAGAAAGGUGGCAGAAGGUCGAGCUCAGCAACGGAUGAUAGUCAAGAUGCUUCUUUUCAUGGGCCUGAAAGAGUACGGGUUCGACAGUACGGGAAGUCAUGCAAAGAACUUACAGCAAUGUAUAAGAGCCAAGAGAUACUGGCACAUAAUGGGGCUAUUUGGACCAUCAAAUUUAGUUUGGACGGGAAGUAUCUCGCUAGUGCUGGUGAGGACUGUGUAAUACAUGUCUGGCAGGUUACUGAAUCAGAGAGGAAGGGUGACCUAUUGCUGGAUAAACCAGAAGAUGGGAAUUUAAAUCUCUUGCUUUUGGCGAAUGGGUCUCCAGAGCCAACUACAAUGUCACCAAAUGAUGGCCACCCGGAGAAGAAAAGAAGAGGAAGGUUGUCUAUAAGUCGAAAAUCGGGGAGCUUUGACCAUGUUUUGGUACCAGAGACUGUUUUCGCACUUUCAGAAAAGCCUAUCUGUUCAUUUCAGGGCCAUGUGGAUGAUGUGCUUGACCUCUCAUGGUCCAAGUCUCAGCAUUUGCUUUCAUCGUCAAUGGACAAAACAGUGCGGCUUUGGCAUUUGUCUAGCAACUCUUGUUUGAAGGUCUUCUCACAUAGUGAUUAUGUAACCUGCAUCCAGUUUAACCCUGUUGAUGAUAGAUACUUUAUCAGUGGGUCGCUGGAUGCUAAGGUUCGCAUAUGGAGCAUUCCCGAGAGGCAAGUUGUUGAUUGGAAUGAUCUGCAUGAGAUGGUCACUGCCGCAUGCUAUACACCAGAUGGUCAGGGUGCAUUUGUUGGUUCAUACAAGGGGAAUUGUCGUCUCUACAACACAUCAGAUAAUAAACUGCAGCAAAAAGCUCAUAUCAAUCUGCAGAAUAAGAAGAAGAAGGCUCACCAGAAGAAAAUUACUGGCUUCCAGUUUGUGCCAGGGAGUACAUCAGAAGUGCUUGUAACAUCUGCCGACUCAAGAAUUCGGGUGGUUGAUGCUGCUGAUCUUGUUCACAAGUUCAAAGGUUUUCGCAACACAAACAGCCAAAUCUCAGCUUCUGUGUCUGCUGAUGGUAGAUAUGUGGUCUGUGCCAGUGAGGACUCGCAUGUCUAUAUCUGGAAACAUGAAGGUGAUUCUCGGCCAAGCAGGAACAGAGGUGUUACCAUUACGCAGUCGUAUGAGCAUUUCCAUUGUCAAGAUGUUUCAAUGGCCAUUCCUUGGCCUGGCAUAUCCGAUAAUUUGAGAUUUCCCGAUUCCUCAUUUGGGGAGGAACAAAAUGGGCAUGCUGAUCAUAUCGAUGAGGCGUCCACUGCCAACCAUCCGCCAACACCCAUUGAAGAGAAUGGCACCGAGUGCUCACCGCUAGUAUCUGGCUGUAGUAACAGUCCUCUUCAUGGGACUUUAAGUAGCGCCAUGAACAGCUACUUCUUUGAUAAAUUCUCAGCAACAUGGCCCGAGGAAAAACUCUUGUUAGCUACUAAAAAUCGUAGCCCUCGUGUCAGUAUAGAUGCUAGUGUUGACUACUCGAACGGUUUAAAUCAGUCCAAGUCUGCCUGGGGUUUGGUCAUUGUAACCGCAGGUCGAAGAGGAGAAAUCAGGACUUUCCAAAAUUUUGGACUACCAAUCAGAAUAUAGAGGACCAAACAGGAAGUCUCGAAGAGUUGAUUUGAUCGUGAUUCCACGAUAUACGCUGCUACAGCCAAAGUUUGCGAAUUUUGUACAGAUAUUGGUGAGAUUUGUAAUAUUAGUGAUUUUUCUUUGUUCUUGUGAUAGUGCCAGUUGAUCUGGGACUAUAAUAGGAGUCUGCCUGAUUAGGCAUUGUGAAGGGGACCAAAUGGGGGGUGGGGAAUAGUAGAUUUAUCAGGAUAUGGGGAUAAUAUAGAAGCCCAAAAGAAAAAAGGGCUACACCUUUGGUUAGAAACCGAUGGUUUUUCUGUAAUCGGCAAUUGUAGAGUUGAGAAUUGUGAAAGUGUUUAUUGAAAUGAAACAAAAUUCUUUGAGAUUCA